AUGAGAGCUAUCCCUUCCUUAGGAUCAACCCUUUACUAUAUUUUUACGGGGAGGCAUGAAUCCAUUUUCAUCCAACAGUACUUAAGGAAUGCCAAUUUAUUGACACUUGGGAAUGGCAUAGUUUUAAAUCAAAAAAGCGGAUAUCAAUUUCCAUCCGAAAGGGCUUUAAUUAUUACUGACUUCUGGAAUGAAGACGCUGAUUGCGAAGAAAAAUAUUUGGUGUUUUCCAUUUUAAAUUUACUAUUAGAAAUCACCCAAGGUACUGAAAAUUCUGUCGCAGUAAUUUCAAAACUUCAAAAAACCCGAAAAUCUCACUACUCCCAAAAUAAAUUUUCUGUUAUUAAUAUACAAGAUAGUCGAAGAGUAAUAAUUGGGUCAAUUAUUGAUGGGCAGGUUCUUUUGCAUAAUAAAACUAUAUUUCCAGGAAAAACAACAGAAAUUCCAAAGUCCUUCAAAAAAAUCCUAAAUCUCAGUAUUGAAGGGGGAACAACUAAUCCGAAUUAUUCCCCAUCAACUAUAGGCUAUUUGGCAGCAAGAGGCUCAUAUUUAGCUGUAGACUAUAUCAAUGCAGGCAAUUCCGGAAUGCUUCAAAAUUUUCAGCUAAAAAUGUUUAACUUUGACUGUGGGGUUUCUAUAUACAAUGAAACCUUCGCCAAAGCUUGCUUUAAAAAAAAUUAUAAUGAUCUUGGGUUAGCCCAUAUUGUAAAUUAUGCAUCUCCAAUGGUUCUUGGAGUUUUAAAACUAUUCAAGUCUUUAAACUGGACUCUCCCUAUGGCUGGAUCCAAUGCAGAUUCUUCUCUUAGUUCGACUGCUGUAUAUCCAUUUUAUUAA